CUACGCGAGGAGCGUGAAUCAAAAAUGUCGACCUGAAGAACGAAAACGGGAUCCCCUCCCAGUGGUGUUCGUACGCGCAAAUACGGGGUGUGUGAGUGUGCUCACGAAACAUGACGAAUGCUUCGGAGGGACACUGGGAACCGCUGGCAGAGAUCUAUCUGUCACAUCCGUCGGUGAAGAACAAGAAGAAGGGCAUCUACUGCCUGUGCAGCCGUGUAUUCAUCAAGAACUACUACGAUGUUUACGUGUCCACCCUGGAGCGUGGUGAUUCCGUUUCCCUGAUAUCAUCCAUGGACCCUCCAGUGACCGCGGAGCACCCCAGUUCUCAAACAGCAACAACGGCGACAGUACCACCAGCAGCAGAUCCAGUUGCCACCGAGGGAGCAGCUUCCGGGGAGCUGGAAGCGCAUGCAGAAAGCGAGAACGUAGAACCUCUGGACCUGGAUGUGCUGGAUCGCGCCGAGGUGGACGAUGUGUUCAUCGACGAGCCACUGGUGAAGCAGUUGAGUUUCGGUCGCGAUGGUUCGCGGAAAAUUCCCGCGAAGUGGGGCGACCGUGAUGCGGGAACGGUCAGCGACGCGAGCUGCUAUUUCAGUGCGAGUGCCAGUCAUUCCGACACUAACUACUGCAGUACCGAUGAGCACGAGCACGUAUUUUAUGCUUCCGGUGUACAGCAGCAAGGUAGUACAGUUCCAGUUGCUGCUGCUAGCACCUCCAGCACGGCCAUCGUUUCGUCCGCGAUGCACUCCAGUGAUAGUGGAGCCGAUCUUUCCGAGCGGCACAAUGAGCGGAAGUACUCACUGAAUGAUCAACUACUGGAAACGGGUCGCACUCACUUCGAGCUGACCGAGGAUCUACGUACUGCGACAGGGGGAAGAUCAUCGGGUGCCUCGGUAUCGCGCAACAACAGUCUUCCGGAGGCAUUUGGGCGCGAAGAUUUACACGAUGCAUGGGAAUCGUUUUGGAGCAAACACGGUGAAGCGAUUAUUUGGGAGUCGUGGAUCGAGAAGUACAGUGAUUACAUCAAUCCCGGCUAUCUGGAACCGGGUGAUCAGGGACAAGCGACCGGAACGAACAGUCCACACGAUGCAAGUGAAGCCACACCCGGGGCCGCGACGGACGCGGACAAAGACUUCAGCUUCGACAACGAUGCCAUUGCCGGCGGGGGCACGGAAAUCAUCGUUUCGGCUUGUUCGCCCCAUCCGUACACGAAGUCGGCCUACCAAGCAAACCACUGGCCUAUGAGCGGGUCCGGCGACGCGGAACUGCUUUGGAGCACCCAUCGCGGAGGAAGCGGUGAUAACGAGUCCCUCCUAAGUCCGCGCUGCGAUUCCGUCACCUCCAGCAUACCGCUCACGAUUGGUACGACCGAUUCCAUGACGAACGUAACGCGCAUGACGAUUUCGAGCUAUGACUUCUGUAGCUCCAAGGUGAGCUCGCAAAGCUCGCAGCUGAGCGAAAGCCUCAGCUCGGAAGUAUCGAACAGCCACAGUUCGAACAGUUCCGACUUGCUCGAAACAGAGUACCUGGUAGGAGCGGGAGGUGGCGCGUCCGGCGGUGCCAUAGUACCACCCGACGAAGACGCGGCAAUGGACGGCGAACAGUACUGGCAGAUACUAUGGCAGCAACACUUUCAAGAACUGUACGCCAAGCGUUACCGUCGGUUCAUGACGGACCACGCACACGACGUUGGCGGCAGCGAAGGCAACGACAGCGGCGAAUGUAGCGCCAAAUAUCAUAAACGCAAACGCAACAGUAACCGGGGAGCCAGUGGAGCUAUGGAAAAGCUACCGGAAAUGGUCGCCGGUUUGAGGUUAGCACGAAACGAAGGCACCAGUACGGAGGAACCUAAGGACGGAAACGAUGAAGCGAGUAGGAACUCUUCCAAGGAGGGUCAACCGGUGGAAGAUCUGUCGUCGAUAAUGUCGGCAUACGGAUUGCCGACGGUUUUCGGCAAACAGAUGCCAGCCGGCAGUGGGGACGAUCGGCCACCGUCGAACGAUAAGCCGGUCACGUUGAAGCGAUGCCACGAGAGUGACAACGAAGAAACGCCCAAAGAGCGACUGAAGGCGGCAUUCGAGCUGAUGGGUUACGCGUUUUCCGAUCCAACAAACGAUACGGAAUCGAUCAUCAACAUUAGCGGAGAGGUCGUUUACCGGAAGAAGCAUAUUCGAUUGGCAAAUCGUGUGCUCAAAAUGAAGCAUUACCGACCUCCGAAGCACACGUACUUCGACGACGAUGGCAACGAGUUGUCGGUAGGUGGAGACAAAUCGGACCCGGCCGCGCCGGAAGCCCUGCUGCACACCUCCUCCGAUGAUGAGCCAGCGAACCUGGGAGCCACGGCCGCUGCCAGAACAAACACCAUCCGAUCGAGCUCGAUUCUCGAGUACACCCAACUGCUGGUCAGUGCUGGAAGGGAGGGCGAAUCGAACGUCGAACGCAGCGACGUUGCUUCGGCGGUGUCAGAAGAUGCAUCGACGGUGGCAGAAGCAGCUUCGUCUGUGGGCGAGCCAGAAGUCGCUACCACCAUCAAGAAGGAAAAGAAAAAGAAGCGCAAAACCAAGUUCGUCGCCAGUCUACCUGCCGACAUUGCCAACGACAAGUCGCUGCUCAAGUAUUGGUACAAGCGUUUUUCACUUUUCUCACUGUUUGACGCCGGCAUUCGGCUCGAUCGCGAGUCAUGGUUUUCGGUAACGCCGGAGAAGGUGGCCGCCCACACGGCCGAACGAUGUCGCUCGGAUCUGAUUGUCGAUGCGUUCUGCGGUUGCGGUGGCAAUUCGAUCCAGUUUGCGUUCACCUGCCAAAAAGUCAUCGCGAUCGACAUCGAUCCGCGCAAGAUCGAAAUGGCGAAACACAAUGCUUCGGUGUACGGGGUGACCGAUCGGAUCGAGUUUAUUACGGGCGAUUUCCUGCAAGUGGCGAGCCGUCUGCGAGCGGACGUCGUGUUCCUCUCGCCGCCGUGGGGUGGUCCCAGCUACAUGAAGGACGAAGUGUACGAUCUGGAGCAGUCACUGCAGCCCCUUCCGGCGACUGAGUUGAUGCGGGCGGCGCAGCAAAUUAGCAAAAACGUGGCCCUGUAUCUGCCGCGGAACUCCAACACACAGCAGCUGACGAUGCUGGCCGGGCCGAACGGGGCGGUCGAGAUCGAGCAGAACUUUCUUGAUCGCAAACUCAUCGCCCUGACCGCUUACUAUGGUGAGCUGGUCAACGAGUAGAGGGCAAACGCAACACAAUACUGCAUUCCUUUGGUCGCCGCAACACAGCGACAACAACCACCAAUAGUGGCCACUACUUGCCGGUAGUGGAAUUGCCAAUUUCCCAGCGCACAAUCUUGCUUCCUGACCUUCGCUCCAGUAGCUUCUUUCUGGAUGUGGUGGGAACUUGUCGACGUCGUACGUUUGAUUCGAUUCUGAUUUAGUGACAAUUUUUAAGUAGAUUCGUGUACAACUGCACAGUAGAGUAGCAGUUUAUUCUAACAUCGCCGUCCAAUAAUGCAAUUGGCCGAUAUCAUCGCUGUCUUGUGUGACUUCUUCCGGGAACACAAACAUUCUAGCUGACAAAGAGUUUUUUUUAAAGAUAUGCGUUGUCUUUGCUCUAGCCAGCUACAUUUUAUUAGGACAAUCUUACGGUUACUUUCGCGGCAGAGUGCACGAUACUUAACUGAUAGCCGUAACGAUACGUUUAUUGUUCGCUUCGCAUGUAUUUCAAAAUUGGUGUUCGUUUAUUUUCGUUUCGAACU